AAAAUAACGAUAACCAGAUGCAUUCAGACUCCCCGACCUUACACUCAAAAUACAUUCUCUAGAAGAAAAUGAAGACUCCGCUCUUUCUUCUUCCUUUGUUUUGGACUUUGGUCUUCGCGAAUCUUCGCUUUCCCUCCAACGACUCUUCCAAGCCAGAAGUAGAAUAUCCAAAAACACAGCUCCAAGACCUCGACUCUGUCAGAAGCUUCCUCAGACUCGCCUACGGCAGCGCCUUCAACAUCUCCAUGGUGCUCCACACCAACAACACCAAGGACGACGCUACUUUGGAGUUUUCGAUGUCCAUGACUUUUCCUGCGGCUAAAGGGUUUGAGAUAGAAGACGAGCUGAACGAAGAAACCGGGCGAAAAUUUUUGGAAGCAGCUCGUGGGGAUAAGUUGGCAGCCAAAGUUCGUCUUUCUCAAGCUGACAAGGAGUCGGUUUGGGAAAACACCAUUGACAAACUUCCAGUGACCAAUGUCCAUAGAAUGUUGACGGAGUUUGACACAAAACGACGAGGGUUCAACUCCAGAGAUCACAAUUACGUUUCGCAGCACACUUUCUUCACGCAAAGCGAAGACGGGAAGAGUGAAACAGUGAAAGUGCUUUCCGUGGAUUUCGACAUACAAGUGCUCGAGUCGCUUGAUUUCACAGAUGAAGAAAUUGCUGAGAGUAAGAAGUUGCUGACUGGUGCUUUCAUCGUCUACACUCCAAGGGACUUUCCAAAGGCACUCGUCGCCUUGUUCAAGCUGUCUUUUCCAGGUCACAGGUGGCAAUUUGCGUCUGACGUUGGCAAAAACAACUACACUAAGGCGAAGAAGAUGAUUUCGUUGAAGUUAGACAAGUCACAAUAUAUGCUUUAUUCGAUUUAACUGAUUUGGGUACAAUAAAGUGUCAUGGUUUA